CAGUUUGCUAACAGCACAGAGCAAGUUUAUGGGGGAUCAUAAUAAUUUAUUUCAGUAACCGAAUCCAACAAAUCGUCAGAACUGAAAUAAUUCCAAACCAUUCGACAUGUCUUCUACGUUUCCUAAAGAAUUUCUUUUCGCAACAGCAACUUCAGCUUAUCAAGUUGAGGGGGCAUGGAAUGAAGAUGGAAAAGGAGAACACAUGUGGGAUCGAGUAGUUCAUACAAAACCUGAUAUGGUCAAGAAUCAACAUAAUGGAGAUGUGGCCUGCGACUCUUAUCACUUAUACAAAGAAGACGUCAAAUUAAUAAAGGAUGCUGGGUUUGAUGUUUAUCGAUUUUCCAUAAGUUGGUCUCGCAUACUACCGAACGGCGAAAUUACCUCGAUCAAUCAAAAAGGCGUUGAUUACUACCAUAAUCUGAUAGAUGAGUUACUGAAGAAUAAUAUUCAGCCCAUGGUAACUAUGUAUCAUUUUGACCUACCUCAAAAAUUUCAAGAUAUCGGAGGAUGGGCCAAUCCAUUAAUCGUUGAUUACAUGGAGGAUUAUGCCGAUUUACUUUUUCAAUUGUAUGGAGCUAAAGUGAAAUGGUGGAUCACCUUAAAUGAACCAUAUCGAAUAUCAGUGGGGUACGACGAUGUCUUUGCAGUGCCUGCAUUAAGACUGCCAUCUUCCAUAAAGUACAUAGUGUUGCAUAACUGUUUAAGAGCUCAUGGUAGGAUAUCUCGAUUAUACAACGAAAAAUAUCGUUCCAAACAAAAUGGAAAACUGAGCCUUUCUCUAGAUUGCGAAUAUUACGAAGGGAAAACUGAGUCUAAAGAAGACGUUGACGCAGCCAACAGAUUUACUCAAUUUCAAAUAAGUAUUUCUAACGACAUCGUCACAACCUUUCUGUUCUCCUAUUUUAAUACUAUCGAUCACCUGCAUUUUCAACCCAAAAACAAAAAAAUAGUCGCAAAUUAUUUCUCAGUGUUAUUCAUGUUACAACUGGAUAUGUUGACUCAUCCAAUCUACAGCAAAGAAGGUGGAUACCCGAAAAUUGUGCGCCAGGUGCUUGACGAAAUUAGCAGGAAAGAGGGUCGAAAACGAUCGAAAUUACCUGAAUUUACAAAAGAAGAAAUAGAAUCGUUAAAAGGUUCAAAUGACUUUUUUGCUUUCAAUCAUUACACAACGCUAUCGUGCACUCCAAAAUUUUCACAAAAUUCUAAUCAACAAACCAAACCUGAAAGUACAUUUGAAGACGAUAUUAAUUCGACGGUUUCAUUCGACCCAGACAACAAAACAGUUUACUGGGUGAAAGUCGUUCCUCAUGGAAUACGAGAGGUGCUAAAACAUAUUAAGAACACUUGCAACAACCCACCAGUUUUCAUCACUGAAAAUGGAUAUUGCGAUGGUGGCGAGUUGAAUGAUAAGAAAAGGGUUUUCUAUUAUACAGAGUACUUGAAGGAGGUCCUGAAUGCCAUGAAUAAUUAUCAAUGUAACGUAAUAGGAUACACUGCAUGGUCAUUUAUGGAUAAUUUUGAAUGGCUCUGCGGAUACGAGUUGAAGUUUGGAAUCGUACAUGUUGAUUUCAAUGACGAAAAAAGGAAACGUACACCGAAAUCUAGUUAUAAUUUUUUCAAACAACUCAUUCAAAGCAGAACAAUACCAGCCAAUUAGUGAUAUAAAUAUUACUGUUUUUCUUGGACGUAUUUCAGAAUUUAAUAAUUGUUGACAUGUUAAGAAAUUAAUGUAGAUAGCUCGAGUACCUAUACCUAGAUAUUUAAAUACAUAAGCCUCUUUAAUAUUCAAAAUAAACUGAGUUACAAAGCGUAA